UGCCAUAAUAAUCCCACAACAAUAUAAAAACACUGGAAACCGAAACUCAGCAGAAUAGAGUCUUGAAAAAAAUGCUGGCAAAAAACUAUAGUUUGCAACACCAAGAUCUCCCAAAAUCAAAAGUGCAUUGGAGAAUGGAUCCAAGGAAACAAGAGAAAGAACGCCGAAUAAAUAUUCCAAGAAAAAAAAGAUGGAACACCAAGACACAGAUUAUUCUAAUCAGUGUCAUUUAGCUAAAAACGUAAAUAAAUAUCUAUCACGAGGGAACCGAACCAUCAAAUAAACCAUGCUAGUUCUUGCUUUUUAUAAGGUUUAAUCCAAACUUUCAAGCCCAUACACAAUGGGCUUUUAUAUAUAAUCAGUAAGCCCAGUUUCUUUAAAACCCUAGUCCUUUUCUUUAAAGCCAGGGAGAAACUCUUUGUUGUGCGGCUCUGCGAAAACUUGGAAAAUGGGUGCUUACAAGUAUGUGUCUGAGCUAUGGAGGAAGAAGCAGUCCGACGUCAUGAGGUUCGUGCAGAGGGUUAGGUGCUGGGAGUACAGACAGCAGCCUUCGAUCGUCCGUCUCGUCAGGCCUACUCGUCCCGACAAGGCUCGUCGUUUGGGUUACAAAGCCAAACAGGGAUUUGUGGUGUACCGUGUCCGAGUGAGACGUGGUGGACGCAAGAGGCCAGUGCCAAAGGGUAUUGUGUAUGGUAAGCCCACAAACCAGGGAGUCACCCAACUCAAGUUCCAGAGGAGCAAACGUUCCGUUGCUGAGGAGCGUGCUGGAAGGAAACUGGGCGGCCUCAGAGUCGUCAACUCCUACUGGCUCAACGAGGAUUCGACCUACAAGUACUACGAGAUCAUCUUGGUUGACCCGGCACACAACGCAGUGCGUAACGACCCGAGAAUCAACUGGAUAUGCAACCCGGUGCACAAACACCGUGAGCUCAGAGGACUUACGUCUGAGGGAAAGAAGAACAGAGGACUGCGCGGAAAAGGUCACAACAACCACAAGAACCGCCCGUCUCGCAGAGCAACCUGGAAGAAAAACAAUUCUCUUUCCCUUCGUCGUUACCGCUGAUUGCUCUUUUGCUAUCGUCAUCUUCGUCUAUGUUUCAUCUUGUUGGUGUUGUUUUAUCUAUUGCGUGAUGACUUUUUUUUUUUGCAAAUUUUGGAGACUAUACAAUUGCCUUCGGAUUAUGGUUUUAAACGAAUACCUUUAUA